UACUAAUAGACCAAGGGGCAUAAACUGUAAAUACAGAGCGAUGAGACUUAUUGAGCUCGUUCGGUGCGGCCGGCCGGUGGUGGUGGAGGAUUCUCCUUUACCUUUCACUUCGUCCGAAGAACCGGAGAAGCGGCGGCGGGAACAGCCGGGAGCACAUAGUGGAGCUUAUUCGACAUGGCGGCCUUCGCUUGGCUCCAUCUCAGAGGACGGCCUGAAUCUUAUUCCUUCGGCGAAGUCUACGCCUUCGCCGGCUAAGGUCGGGAAGAAUCCGGACAAGGGGAGGCCAAGGAGAGCGGCCACCGCUCGCCGGAGGGAGAGGGAUUUCUCCAGGCAUUAUGACGUACCAGCCGUGUUUCCUGCUUUUCCUCCAACACUCUUCAUGUUCUGAUGUGAAGAUUGAGAAGAAAUAAAAGGAAAAAAUGAGAUGAAAGAAAGCUAUUAAAUCAUCUUACUUUGCAUAGAUGUUUGAAUCUCAUGAGUAAGUCGAAUGCAAUGGACUCCUACACAAGAGAUUGAGACACUUUGAUGAACUCUGUUGGGAAAAGGCAUAUAUGACCAUGUUGAAGAAAUUUCAGACCAGAGAAAAGUGUCAAAAUACUUUCCGAUUAUUUACACGAGCCUUUUUAAUCACGGAGUUAUAUAAGUGUCAAAAUAAUUUCUGAUUAUGUUAAAAUUGAAUUUUAAUAAUUCUCAACGGGGACUAUUUCAAACUCAAUUUUAAGAGUUUAGAAACUAUUUUAACACUUCUAUAAUUUUUAAGACAAAAACGGCUCAAUGUAAAUAAGCAGGAACUAUUCAUGCAAUUAACUUUCAGAGUUCGAGGGGCCUAUGAAGUUAUCAUUAUUAGUUAGUUAUACUUCACUAUAUUGGAACUACUUGAUAUAUUUUUGUUGUCUUUCUUAGCCUCUGUUAUAGUUAUAUUUGUACAGAUACUAUGAAAUAUAAUGUAAGAAAUGUUUGCAGUUAAUCCACAAAUCUUUAU